AAUUACAAACCAAGUUUUCAUUUAACCACAUGGAUCCUCAUCAAUCUCUCCGAACCAUUUUUGUUUUUGUCACCAUUUUAAUUCUUUCAUUAAACAAUAUGGAGAUCAAAGCUCAGUUGUCUCCUACUUUUUAUGAUACCACAUGCCCCAAUGCACUCACCACCAUUAGAACUUCUAUUAGAACCGCAGUCUCUCGUCAACGUCGCAUGGCUGCCCUUCUUAUUCGCCUUCAUUUUCACGAUUGUUUCGUUCAGGGUUGUGAUGCAUCCAUUUUACUAAACGAUCCCGCCACAACUGAGAGGACAGCAUUGUCCAAUACCGGGGUUGGAGGAUAUGACGUUAUAGAUUCAGCAAAAUCUGCUGUUGAAAACAUUUGUCCGGGGAUAGUUUCAUGUGCGGAUAUACUUGCUGUCGCAGCGCGUGAUGCUUCUGUUGCGGUGGGUGGUCCUUCAUGGUCAGUAAGACUUGGCAGAAGAGACUCUACUAGAGCGAACCGAGCGCUAGCUGAUGGUCUUCCACGAGCUGACCAGGAUCUACCAUCACUAAUUAGAGAUUUUGAUGCAAAGGGUCUGAAUGAAAGAGACAUGGUUGCUUUAUCUGGGUCUCAUACUAUUGGCCAAUCGCGGUGUGUUGCAUUUCGAGCCAGGAUAUAUAGUAACGCGUCGGACAUAGAUGCCAAUUUCGCUAGCACGCGUAGGCGCAACUGCCCCGCAAAUAGAGGAAAUGGAGAUGGAAACUUGUCACCACUUGAUUUGGUGACACCAAAUUCAUUUGAUAACAAUUACUUCAGGAAUCUUGUUCAGAGGAGAGGCCUUCUUCAGUCAGACCAGGUACUGUUUAAUGGUGGCUCAACCGAUAGCAUUGUGUUAGAGUAUAGCAACAAUCCAAGAAGAUUUGCAUCCGAUUUCGCUGCAGCCAUGGUUAAAAUGGGAGAAAUUGAGCUUCUUACUGGUGCUAAUGGAGUCAUAAGAACUUCUUGCAGUGCUGCCAAUUAAAAAACAGAAGUUUAUGUUUAUUCACAUAUUAAUUGUAUUUUCUGAACCAAGUUAAAUUCUUGGAUCACCAAUUUCAUAAGUUGUCAUAUGAUUUUUCCAUAGUUGUAAAUUAUGAUUCAAAGCU